AUGGCAGAAGCAACAAAAAGACUUGCAGUUGUAACAGGAGCAAAUAGGGGAAUUGGAUUUGCAAUAUGCAAGCAAUUGAUUUUAAAUGGCAUCAAAGUGGUUCUUACAGCAAUAGAUGAGAAGAGUGGUCUUGAAGCUGUUGAGAAACUAAAAGAUCUUACACUUCCUGGCCAUGUGUUUUUCCAUCAGCUUGAUCUCACAAAUCCUGCAAGUAUUGCAUCAUUUCAAAAUUUCAUUGUAAACAAGUUUGGUAAACUAGAUAUCUUGGUAAACAAUGCUGCAACCGUUGGAGCACAUAUAGACGGCGAGGCUUUGGCUGCCUUAGGUGUUGCGAUAGAUCCUAACCGAGUUGACUGGACUAAAAUAUUUUUUGAAAACUAUGAAUUAGUUGAGAAAUGCCUUCAAACAAACUAUUUUGGAACCAAAGAAUUUACCAAAGCUCUUAUUCCCAUUCUUCAGUGUUCCAACUCGCCAAAAAUUGUCAAUAUUUCUUCAUCUAUCGGAAGGUUGGAGAUUAUGCCAAAUGGACGGCCAAAAGAAGUACUAAGUGUUGUACAAAAUCUCACUGAAGAAAAAAUUGAUGAAAUUUUGAAUGAAUUUCUAAAGGAUUAUAAGGAGGGUUCACUAGAAACCAAAUGUUGGCCUCAAGCUAAUUCUGCAUAUAUUGUUUCAAAAGUUGCUCUUAAUGCCUACACAAGAAUUUUGGCCAAGAAUUAUCCUUCUUUUUGCAUAAAUGCAAUUUGUCCCGGUUAUGUAAAAACUGAAAUGAAUCAUGGUAAUGGUGUUCUAACACCUGAUGAAGGUGCUGAACCUAUUGUGAGAUUGAUAUUAUUACAAGAUAGUAGUCAUUCUGGUCUCUUUUUCGCUCGUGAUGAAGAGAAAUCAUUUUGA